CUGCUGAUCCAAAUCAAUGGAAUUUGCAACAAUGGACAAUAAAAAAACUAAAAGAAGAGUUAAAAAGCAGAAAUAUUAGCUAUGAAAAGAGAAUGGAUCGAGAUGAAUUAGUAGAAUUGUUGCAAGAAUAUAUGUGUAAAGAAACUUUAACUAAGCCUUUAAACGAUGAUAUUAUCGUAGAAGAAAUGGAGUUAGAUAGCAAUCCAAUUCAACAAUUCUCUUUUAAUACAGGCUGGGCUUUUAAACAUAAACAUAAAUAUGGGCAAGAAGAUUCAAAUAAUCGAUACUCAGCAAAAGAUAUGCUAGCAGCUUUAAAAGAAAUGAUAGAAAAUAGAGAAUUAACAAAAGAAGAAAUUCCUACUGAAAAGUCUAUUGAUGGUUGGAUUAGUAGAUAUUCCUGA